AUGCGUUGGGAUCCAAACCUUCCUUAUUCCCCAACAAACACCUUUCUCAGAAGCGCCGCCUCUCCCCCGCUCCGGUUCCCGCUGCGCUCCCCUCACGCCGUCUCCACUCGCGGGCCCACCCCGACAGCGCCCCCGCCCCCGCGCGCCCUGCACACUCAGCCGAGCCACCGCCCCCAAUCCCCUGAGAGCCCGCCCCCCUUCCCGCCCUGCGAUUGGUCCAUCUCGCUGUCUGUCCCGCGCCUCCCCGGCCCAUUGGGCGAGGCCGUGGCGCUGCCCCGCCCCCGGCGCUGUCGGUUGAGGCGAGCCGAGAGUAAAUAG